AAUGAUUACCACAAACAUCACAGUGUGAAAUGGUUCUAUCGGUAUUGUAAUAUCUGUGGUAAAUCAUUCCCUCGCAAUUGUGCUUUGACUGAUCAUAAACGUAUUCAUACAGGAGAGAAGCCACAUCACUGUGACAUCUGUAACAAAUCUUUCUCUGCCAGCAGUAACCUAACUACUCAUAAACGUUUCCAUACAGGAGAGAAGCCAUAUCACUGUGAUAUCUGUGGUAAAUCAUUCUCCGUGAGUUCUAACUUAACUGAACAUAAAUAUAUUCAUACAGGAGAGAAGCCAUUUCACUGUGAUACCUGUGGUAAACUGUUCUCUACAAGUAGUUCCUUGACUGUACACAAACGUAUUCAUACAGGGGAGAAGCCCUAUCACUGUGAGAUCUGUAGUAAAUCAUUCUCUAAUCGAAGUGCUUUAAAUUCACACAUACGUGUUCAUACAGGGGAGAAGCCAUUUCGGUGUGACAUCUGUGGUAAAUCAUUCUCUCGAAGUGAUAAGUUGUCUAACCACAAACGUAUUCAUACUGGAGAGAAGCCGUAUCACUGCUUUCCUCUUACAAAGACCAUAACAGUAAUUUUUGACUGUCAUUGAAAAUCUUUAUUUAAUACAAUUUAUUUUAAAUAUCAGCAAAUGCAGUGAAUAAAGGAUUUGAAAAUACAUUCUUUUAGCAUUUAUUUACAUGU